CAUUCUCAUUCUAUAUUUGGCAUUUACUAUAUUUACACAUCAUACGUCGUAGUAAUUAGAAAAAAAUUAAUAAAAUUUACAAAAUUAAUAUAAUUUAAUAGAAAAACUAAAUAACUUGUUAAUAAACAUUAAAAUUAUAUUAUAAAGAAUAAUUAAACUUAAGAAAAAACUCGAAAACAAAUUAAUAAAUAAAACAAAAUGAGUGACGACGAUAGAGAUAUUGACAUUGAAAGUGAUGAUGAUAAUGAUUCCGAUGCUGGAGGUUCUCAACAGCAGAGACACACUAGCACACAAAAUUUUACCCAAGAAGAAAAACGGGCCCACCAUAAUGCUUUGGAACGUAAGAGACGUGAUCAUAUCAAAGAAAGUUUCACCAGUUUAAGAGAAGCUGUACCCUCGUUAAAGGGUGAAAAGGCAAGUCGUGCCCAGAUUUUAAAGAAGACCACAGAAUGUAUACAAAUUAUGAGAAGAAAGAUUCAAGCUAAUCAAAAAGAUGUAGAAGAUAUUAAAAAACAAAAUGCUGUACUAGAGGCACAAAUACGUAUGUUGGAAUGUGCAAAGAAUGGCUAUGUUAUUGAUCCCACAGAAUAUCAACAGUUGACCAAUGGUGAUCAAACAUUACAACACGACAGUUCGGAUGGUGAUGAACAAGAUUUUAGUCGUCGUAGUAAAAAAAUGAAAACGUCUUAUCAGGCCUAGUAACUAAUGCAAAAAUUUGAUGAUAUGAAAGUUUAGAGAUGUUAUAACUUACAACAACAAGAACAACAAAACCAAAAGAAAAACAUGUAAAUCAAAAUAUGCAACUGUAAAACAACUAAUUGAAACAAUUAUGGAAUAAAAAACUCAUAGGAUUUGUUGAAAGGAUUAUAAGAACUAACAGAUUAAUAGCCAAAAUCUAUUAAGAGUAUAAAUAUUUGUAUAAUAUUACAUUAUUGGAAAAAAAGUAGUCAAGUAGUAGAAGAAAAGUAAUAAUUUUCCCACUCUCUAAUAUAUUUUUUGUGUCUUUUUAUAAAUGUUUAAUAAAAA